GAGGGGAGGAGAGAGGAGCUCCCAAUAAGUGAAAGAAGAUAGAGAGAGAGAGGAAAAAACCAAGCCCAAGCCAAAGCCAAAGCCGAAGCCUAACCAAGAAAACACCAGCUAUAGAGAGAGGAAGAGAGAAGAACCUCAGAGGAUAGAUAAUACGACGUAGAUCUUUCAUCUCAUCUCUCAAGGAGAGAACCAUUUGGGAGAAGGGAGAAAGAAAGUAUCUCUCAACAGAAAAAAUAAAAAAGCUGGAAAAAAUUCAUCCAUCCAUUUUAUCCAUCUGGGGUCACCGGAGAAACCAGUGAAACUCGAAUUUCCGGCAAACCCCACCUCAUUUUCCGGCGAAUUAUGCUGGAUAAUUCGCUUUUCAGCAUCCGGGUCUAGUUGCUUUUCAUUUCCAUCCGCAAAGAUAGGUGGGAUAAAAGAAACUGAGUCAUCCCAAAUCCCGGAUAGUUAAUAUGAUGGAUAGAAAUAGGGAGGCCAGAAGAGCAGCAGCUAGUAUGGUGGCCUCUUCUAAUGGCUUACCUCGAAGAAGACAUAGAAGCAGCAAUAGUCUUAGAGAUUCCCCAGAUGAAGAUGGACCGGUUGAGUUGCAAGAAUCGGUCAGGUUAAGAGAAAGAGUGAAGAAAGAUCGAGAGAGGGAUCGAGAUCGAGAUCGAGAAAGGGACAGAGAUAGGGAAAGAGAAAGGGAACGAGAAAGAGAAAGAGAAAGGUCAAGUAGGAGUAGUAAAAGGAGGAGAGGUGAAAGAAUAAUGAUUCAUGGAAGUAAUAGAGAUGACGGUGGUGAAGAUAGUUCGGAAGAAAGCGUAAAUGAUGAUGAAGAUGAAGAUGAUGAAGAUAACGCUACCACCGCCGCCGCCGCCGCCGCCAAUAAUACUCACAACGGCCACCAUAACAGUGGUGGGGUUAGGUUGCUGCCGCCUAAUCCGGCAGCAGCUUCGGUUGGGGUGAAUUCGAUGUCAAACCAUUUUCAUAGUAGUAACAGCAAUAGCCACCAUCAUCAUCACCAUCAUAAUAAUACUAAUAACAAUAAUAGUAGUACUAAUCAUAAUCAUCAACAAAAUCAUAAUCUUCAGCACCGGAAGAGCUUUCCACCUAGUGCAGCCAAGGUUUUUCGGGCCGCUCCGGUGUGGAAAGCUGGUGAUGAAAUGAUUGGUGUUUCAGUCCCCAGAAAAGCUCGCUCAGCAUCUACAAAGAGGUCACAUGAUUGGAUUAAUUCAAGUAAUACUGGUGGAAAUAACGGUGGAUGUGGAGGUGGAGGUGGAGGUGGAGGAGCUGGGGUGGCUGGAGUUGGUGGUGGAGAGCAGAUUCAGCAGCCAGCUCCGGCUUCACCGGUGAGGCAGGGCUUAAUUACAACGACGUCAACGCCGUUGCCGGUGGCUCCAAUGUCACCUUCUUCUUCCAAUGCUUCAGUUAGGAAGAAGAUUAAGCCUAAUGGGCCGAAGCAGCCAAGGCCACCCAAGUCAUCUUCAAAGGCAUCCUCAUCGAAUCCAGAAGAGCUUGAGAUAGAAAUAGCUGAAGUCUUGUAUGGAUUGAUGACUCAGUCGCAAGCUCCUCCAAAGAAAGAAAUUUUAUCCAAUGAUUCAAGAGAAGUCAACAGAUCAAGUAGUGAUGCUAAAUCAAGGGUUUCUUCUCCGAUCUCCAACUCGCCAUCAACGGCGAAUAUUCAGUCCUCCUCUCCCUCCAUAUUACCUCCCAAUUCAGUCUCCUCACCUGCUGGAACCUUAUCAGCUGUUGCUCCAAAGAGGAAGAGACCGAGACAAGUGUCGGAGAAUCCUGGGAUUUAUAGUGUUCGGAACAGCCCCAUUUCAUCUACAACGGCCAAGUUGGAAGCUGAUCAGACCCCCAAGGCUGAGACUUCUUCUCCCAAUUUGGAGAAAAACUCGGGAUCUACAGCUGAAGGUGGGUAUGAUUUGGGCAAUUUAAUGAAUUCACACGUGUUACCGCCGGCGGUGGCGGAGCUUCCACUGCCGGAGCCGAUGAAGAUGGAUUCAGAGGCAAAGUUGGAGGUGAAGGCGGCCCUGGCUGAAGAAUUAGGCGAAAGCAGAGAUGUAGUACUUCCUAAAGAGGAGGUCGUGAGUUCUCCAAAGAAGGAAUCCCCUGCAGUAAGAGCAGAGGAGACUAAUCGUGAGGAUGCUGCAUCAGUUGCAGCUUUGGCUUCAGCUACCAAGAUAAGUUUGACUGUUCCUGAGGUGGAUAAACAAAGAGGAGAAAAAUUCCAGAUAGACCUUGAGGCUCCUCCUCCACAGUUGAGAUUAUCACCUGAAAGAGAUGGCCAAAUUUGUCUUGGGUCGGCAUCAAUGAAUCAUAAGCCUAUUGCAUCUGAUGUUAACACUGAAAUGAAGCCAAUGGUUGCUAAAGAUAAGCAAGAAGAGAAGAUGGUGAAGAUUGGAAAAGAAAACGGUGUAAAUGUGGGAGCUGCUGAAAAGAAAGUGAAAUCAGCAGGGGAAGAUACAGAAUUGCCGAAGAGAGGUGAAAAUAAGCCCAGAAUUAUCGAUCUUCAACUGGAUUUGGAAAAGCCAGAAAGAGAAAAUGGCGCAGGUAACAAAUUGCAGGCAGUUCACAAGCAGCAGCAGCCUCUAGGAAAAGCAAACAAAGAAGAACAUGCUGAAAAAUCUGGUCAAUCAAAUUCUCUGCCUUUACCAAUGUCAAUGACUAGCUGGCCUGGUGGGCUUCCUCCGAUGGGAUACAUGACACCAAUACAAGGAGUUGUAUCAAUGGAUGGAAGCACUGUUUCCCCAGCUCCAAUACAGCCGUUUUUUUCUCAACCUCGGCCAAAAAGGUGUGCAACUCAUUGCUAUAUUGCUCGGAAUAUACACUAUCUCCAGCAAAUCGUGAAGAUGAACCCUUUCUGGCCAGCAGCGGCGGCAGCAGCUGGCUCGGCAUCUUUAUUUGGAUCCAAGGCCUGCAAUCUCGGUGUUGUGCCCCCUGCUGAUCUGCAUGGUAAUAUCGCUGGGAGGGGCGUCAAUAAUGCACAGGACAAAGGCCAGGGCCUUGCUAUCUUUCCAGGUCAUGCUGGGAAAGACAAAGUUUCUCAACCUGCCAGUAUUGCAGAUGCUGGUCAGAGAAAGCAACAGAUUUUGCUGCAGCAACCCUUGCCUCCUGUUGCACCUAACAAUAUACUGCAUGGACCUGCUUUCAUCUUCCCUCUAAACCACCAGCAGGCAGCAGUGGCAGCUGCUUCUGCUCGGCCUUCAUCGGCAAAGCUGCCUCCUACCACCGGUGGCAAUGUUACUUCAGCUAAUACGUCCAGUUCUGCUGCUCUUAAUACCUCAGCAACAGCCGGUGGACCGCCAGCUGCUGUGAGCUUCAACUACCCAAAUAUGCCUACAAGUGAAACUCAGUACUUGGCAAUCUUGCAAAAUAAUGCUUAUCCAUUUCCACUUCCAGCACCACCUAAUUUUAGAGGAACUCAUCCUAAUGCAAUGCCUUUGUUUAAUGGAUCAUUUUAUUCUUCUCAAAUUAUCCAUCCCUCCCAACUUCAACAGCAGCCACAGCCGCAGGCAUCUGCAUCUCAGUCGCAGCAAAUGCCACAAAGUCAUCAAAAUACUAGUAUAUCUAGUGGUUCAUCAUCGUCCCAGAAGCAUUUGCAGAGCCAACAGCAGCGGCCUUCUGGAACUGGUGAUGUUAGCGGAACUGCCACUGGAAACUUGCAUAAUUUUCCAGCUCCAAAAAUUAGACCUCCUCAGCAGUCACAACAGUCACAAAAUCAGCACAUCACCCUACCUCAAGGACGCCAGCUUGAGAAUGAGGUGGGUACUGAAGAUAGUCCCUCGACUGCUGAUAGCAGAGGAUCUCGUGCCCCAGUGAAUAUCUAUGGGCAAAAUUUUGCAAUGCCUAUUCAUGCUCAGAGCUAUGCCUUGCUGACUCCACCAGCUGCUUUAGCCAAUGCAUCUGCUACAAAUGGUACUGGUAAUCAAAGUGAAAAAAAGCAGCAGCACCAGCAGCAAGGAUUGAAGACUCUAGUGGAUUCGCUACCAACUCAAGCAUUUGCAAUGUCUUUUGCUUCCAUAAAUGGAGCUACUGCUGCUCCAGGUAUUGACUUAUCCUCUAUGGCACAAAACCAUGCCAUUCUUCAGAGCCUUCCAGAAGCUAGGCAGAUGAUGGCUGCAAAUGCUGCCCAAGUUGCUCAGCAGAGGAAGAAUUUCAGAGUUUCUGAGGACAGUAAAAGUGGAGGAGGUGAUUCCUUGAAUGCUGAUGAUGAAAGAAAAGGAUUAGUAGGGAAGUCUACGGCAUCUGUUGGGCAGUCCAUCGCAUUUUCGAGAUCAGAAUUUGCAGAUGCAUCUGGGCCCCCUGCAGUGGCAAAUAGUGUGAUUGAUAGCUCUCGAUCAGUAAACCUUGCAUCAGGUGCUGCAAGGACGUCUCGUCCAACUAUGUCUAAUAGCAUUGGGGCCGUUGGUGUCUCAAAUGCUCAGCUGCAAGCUCAACAUCAACCGCAGCAAAUUAUGCAAUUUCAUAAGCAUCAGCAGCAGUUUGUAGCUGCUGCAGCGGCAUGGAGUAAGAAUCCACCAACCAGUAAUGGCAGUGUUUACCCUGAGCAUUUAGUUUCGUCCUCUCCUGGAACUGCUAAAUUUCCAAAUGCACUCUCUGCUUUUCCGCAAAACCUUGUGCAAAGCAGCAACAGCAGCAGCCCAACUCAGUCCCCUCAGUGGAAAAAUUCUACCAGAUCCACUCCAUCGCAAGUUCCAUCGUCUUUUCAGUCAUCAAGUACAUCGUCUCUAAAAAAUCUUCCGCAGCAACAGGGUAGAACCCAGCCAAGUCAGUCACAAAUAUCAUUUGCAGCAAAUCAGAAAUCAUCAGCAGCUCCUGCAGGACCACCACCCCCCAGUACUAAUCAGUCCCCUGCCUCUCCUAUGAUGGUUGGAUCGCCUUCAACUUCAACAAUCUCGAAGGGUGCUAGUGGAAGCCCAAGAACCACUACUUCGGCCUCUGCUAGUGGUAAAGCAGGCCAAGCUUCUUUAUCGGCACAGCAGGCCAAGAACUCAUCUGUUGCUGGCCAGAAAUCUUCUCCUGUUGGUGGGAGGAAUGUGCCAUCUAUUCUUGGAAGCGCACACAUCGCUGUAAAUUCAAUCAGUGGACCCAAACCUCAAAUGCAGCAUCAGCAGCAGCACCAUCAGCAUCAGCAUCAGCAUCAGCAGCAAAUAACAAAGAACUUGCAGCAAGCUCAACUUUUUUUCUCAAAUCCUUAUAUGCAGUCUCAGUCCCCAAAUUCUACUGGUACCAAUUCAGCUGCAUCUGUUCCUGGUGGAGGAUACUAUGUACAGAGAAGGCGUCCUGAUCAACAGCAGCAGGCCCAACCCCAGCAGCCUCCGGGCUCAUCUACAUCAUCCUCAACUGGGAUGUUAUCAUUGUGUCCUGUUUCUUUAGCUGGUGCUAGCACGUCUGAUCCUGCAAAAGCAAUUGCUGCUGCAACUGCGGCUGCAAAUAGUUUGAAAGGGGGUAGUUUGGCGUCCCAGAGCAUUCUCCAUGCUGCCCAAUUUGCUGCCCAGUCAUCUGGUACCCAGCAUCAGUUGAUGCCUACGGGCUUUGCUUAUGUACAUGCGGUUCCUGCCGGGGUCCAAGUGAAACCUGUUGAACAGAAGCAACCUGCUGGAAAUGACAAUUUGCAUGCGUGCUGGCAGCCUGAGAAGAAAUGAGAGAUCAACCUACGCUGUUGCGCAUUUGGUUUGGCAGAGAGGCACUCCAUGGUGGUGAACUUUUGCUGAUGAACAAUCCACAAUUUUGGGAUGAGCACCUAGAGCAAGAGGGGAGGAUUAGGAAUGAUGGUACUAUGUGGAUUUGCCGGGAAUGCAAAAGAAGGGAUGAACCUUAGAUGAGCACGUAUCCGUGCAUGCUCUUGUCCGUAGUCUGAUGGUGCUAGACACGAUUGAGAUAAUUAACUGAGACUUUUUGGAUGGCAAAAAAUGGUUUUGGAUGGGGAGAGAUGAGCAUCUUGUAGCAAAAUGGUAAGAGAGGAUGUUGAAAGAUGGGGCAAGGGACCAGGACCAGAAGAUUGAAGAUCCAUCCACUACACACAUGAUUCUGUUUUUUGGUUGGAUAGAGUGGAGGUUCUUUUUGAUGUGUUUGGUACUUCUUUUUCACAUUUUCUUGUUGGGGGUUCGACUUCCUAAAGGAGAAGUUUCGAAAAACAGUAGUAUCUUUUGGAUAUAUAUAUAUAUAUAUGAAUAUAUAUAUAUAUAAAUAUGUACGUAGAGGGUGUAUUUGUAUAUCUCUGGCUCUGGCUUAGGCUUAAUACAAGAGUUUCCCCCUCAAUUUUUUCAUUAA